AUGAUCACAGGUGGAACAUCAGGUAUUGGCUUUGCUAUUGCUGAGAGGUUCCUGCAAGAAGGUGCAUCAUCAAUCAUCCUAGUUGGGAGGUCUCAGAAACGAUUAGAAGCAGCGGCAACAAGUCUGCCAUCACCAGAGAAGGUCCAGAUUCUGGUCGGAGAUGUUUCAGAAGCAGCAUCAUGGAUUCGUGAAUUGGAAAAAGAAAUGACAAAUGUCGAUAUCCUAGUGAAUUCGGCUGGAAUCUCCAUUUCAAACAUUCUUCCACGAUCCGAGCCAGAGGACAUAUCCAAAAUCUUGCGUACAAAUCUCGAAGGUGCCAUACUUACGUCACGAGCGCUAAUGCGUGCUGCAAUCCGCAGCCGCGUGCGUAAUCGCAAUGCCACUGAUGGGGAGACAAAGCCUGCUUCAAAAUGCAUUAUUAAUGUUUCCUCAUUGCUUGCUCUGAAGGCGGGAACAGGUGCAGUGCCGUACGCUGCUUCAAAGGCUGGUGUUUUGGGUUUGACACGAUCUUUGGCCGUCGAGGCUUCUGCAUCAUUAAAAGAUGUCAUUAUCCGGUCUAAUGCAAUUGUCCCGGGGUAUAUUGAGACCCCUAUGGUCUCAGAUUUUACUCCCGGCGAGGUGGAAAGGUUGAAGAAUCAGAUCCCACUUCAUCGAUUUGGGACUCCGGAUGAAGUAGCAGAUGCAGCAGUGUUUCUUGCAUCAAAUGAAUAUGCCAAUAAUUGCGUGCUCAACUUGGAUGGUGGGCUAAGUGCAGUCUGA